AUGUAUAAAUUACCUUUGCAGUUCGAGAGCCUUCGCAGAUUCGCCGUGGAGCCUUCGUCGGAGAGCAGAGACGUCGUGGAGCCUUCAUCGGAGAGCAGAGACGCCGUGGAGCCGGAGAGAGAAGCCUUCGCAGAUUCGCCGUGGAGCAUUCGUCGGAGAGCAGAGAUGCCGUGGAGCCUUCGUCGGAGAGCAGAGAUGCCGUGGAGCCUUCGUCGGAGAGCAGAGACGCCGUGGGCUAUGGCUGGUGAAACCAAUGCCAACACGGUGGCGCUCACUCAGCAACGGAGGCGUGCGCCGCAAAACGACAUCCCUUUGUCGAUCAUCCUCAAAAUCAUGGGCAGGGCCAUCCAUGGAAACAUGCGGAUCGCCGACGAUGCCAAGGAGACGGUCCAAAAAUGCGUGACGGAGUUUAUCCACUACGUCACCGCCAAGGCCAACGAGCGUUCCCGGCAGGAGCAACGCAAGACGGUCAUCGCCGACGAUCUCCUCUGGGCGAUGAAUGCCCCCGGCCUGCGAAACUAUGCCGAGGUGCUCACCGACUUCAUAAUAAGCUACUGUGAGCAGCAGGAGUACGACCGCGCAGCCACCCACCCCCUACCGCCGCCCAUCCACCACGUACCGUUUAACAGCUACGCGGUGCAGCAGGGUUUUUCGGUGCCGGAGUUUUCUCCCGGACCAAUGAACAACACCGGUGGAUCCGCUUCCUCCUCUUCACCCUACGGCAGUGGCUAUUUUAUUGAUUCCUAG